GGGUGGUUUCGGUCAGGGUAUUUAAAGGUGAUGGUUUCUCCCUGGAUCUUUCAUUCAUUCAUUCAGAAGUUCCUUCAUCAUGCUCCGCGGCAAACUCAUCAAAGGUGUCGCCUCCGGCAUCGGUCUCGCCUCGGAGAGCAUCACUGCCUACAAAGCUGGUCGCAAGCAGAAUGGCUCAGAAGAACACACGCCUGAACCCUCCCCUCCAUCUAAUUCCUUCCCUCCACCUCACUGCCCUUCACCUAACUACUCCCCGUACCAACCCGACCACAUCGAAGACCACCACGAAGAAGAAUGGCAACUCGACGAAGCCCAAGACCAACUGGGCCACGACGACUCGCCGCCCGGCUACACGCCCACGCAGGACGUCGACCAACUAGCCCACGUUUUCCUCGAGUCUCAUCCAACCUCCUACGCCGUUCCCCAAGGCCAUCCAGUUCUGCCCUACCCCGUGAUUCUGCCCCAGCGCCGACCCCGAGAUCGCAAGCGCGGCUUCAUCCGCGCGUAUGCCCCCGUGCUCGACGACUUCGGCAUCGACCAGGCCACCUUCAUCGACUUUCUCGAUACCUCGAAUAAAGCCUGUCAGGCGUCCGGCUGGAUCGGAGCUAUUAACCUCGCCUCCAUAGGCACGAUGUUCAUGCCUUCGGCGAUCGGGAUGGCCGUCUCGGUUGCGAUUCAGAUCGGGACGGAUGUUGCCAUCGCGGCGGAGAAUCGGAGGAAGACAAAUACCUACUUCGACAAAAUCAACCAAGAAAUGUACCACCCCCGCGGCCUGCACUGCCUCAUCAUGACUUGGAAACCAGACUCGGAGUCCCCCUACGUCAGCUUCGAUCUGAACUCCACGGUCUCGCAGUCCAUCGACCACGGGCCAGGGACCGAGACCGGGUGGAUGAACAAAAUGAAGCAUAAAUACAAGUCCUCUGAUGGGAAGACCUACGGGGACUUACCCUUCCGAGAGACCGCGCCGCUUGUCUUUCCGGACUUAGAUGAGUUGGCAAGGCAGAGUGGUGAUGCGGAGAAGAAGCUGAAGGAGAAGCAUUCGAGGAGGGAGUUUGUGGGGGAUUAUUUGGAUCGGAGGGGGCAGGCGCAGUUUAUGAUGGAAAACCCAACUUCCGAUCUGAACAUGGCGCCCAAACCGCAGUUCACCUCUCGCUACGCAGACCCGAGUCAUCCAGCCAACAGCGGAUCGCUCAUCAGCCUCGUCACGGGCGGGCACGUCAACCCUGACGAGCUCAUCGGGGGUCGUCGAGCAGGCGGAGGUCGCAGAGAGGGCGGUCGCAGGGGCUAUGAUCGGGGAGUUGGAGGUGGUCUGCUGGGUCGUCGACAAGGUCCGAUCAGCCAUAUCAUUAAUGGUGUGCAGAAUUCCAGAUCUGGGGAGCAGUAUCCUGCAGAAGAGGGGUAUAGGGAGGGUCCUGCCUCUGCACCUGGCUAUGGGGCUCGGAAUCCGCGAGAACGGUUACGCGGGCCCAGAGGCGACGGGCCGUUGGGUGGGAUUAAGAAGAAGUUGCAAUCGAAUGUGUUGUAUCUUAUGAUUGUGAAUCUGCCGUCCGAGGAGGAGAUGCGGCAGGCGAGGGGGAUGAUGCGGUCUUGAUAUUGAUUGGGUAUAGGUUGGUGGGAUGGAUGAUAGCUUGAAUGUGGAUAUUGGGCUUAUGGCUCAGGUGGUCACUUUAAUAUAAUUACAAACUGUCGC